AUGGCUUACGAUGCCUACGGUCGUCCACUGCGAAGCAAUGGGGAGCCUGACUACUUCGAUCCCCUGGAUGCGUCCGCAGCAACGGAUUACACAAAUCACAGCAGUAGUAGCCAGCAUUACUACGAAGGCAGCGAGCCUCGAGACUCUUACCACCAUAUCCACCAUCGAGAACCUACAAAUCCUCGCAGACGCGAAUCCCCUCCUGUAGGCGGCAAGAUGCCUUCUGCUGCAGAUCGCGGAGACCAGCUUCCAGUUGGCCCAGAAGGGGUUUCCCCGGAACUCAUAGCUGCUAUCACGGAAAAAGUAAAGAGAGAAGUUUUCGAGCAGUUGAAGCAAACAGGUAGUGUCGACCUACCGUCCCAAGAUCCGCACAUGCAAAGAGCAGCAUCGACAAAGUCCAGCUCAACAUCAUCCCCGCCCCCAACUGCAAGAAGAGUUUAUACACCUCCGUCUCCUAUACAUACUGGUCGACAGACACACACACAAACUUUUGCGCCGCCUCCUACGGAUCCAAUGCGAUCACAUCCAGGCAGUCCGUUAGAAGAGCCUCUGGGAGGAAAUCGUUUUGCAGAUCGUGGACCACCACCUCCAAGCAGUCCCGAUAAACCAUCAGGAGUUCGCUUUUCUGACCGUAGUGCGGCUGCUCGGCCUGCAGGAAACAGAACAUAUUCAACUACGGAACUCUCGACUAUUGAUCAGAAAUGGGGAAGGCUAUUUGAGAAUGAUGGAAAGCCCACGCAAAGAUUAGGACAAUUCUUAAGAGGAUUGGCAAAUCAUAUUAUUGAGGAGUUCCCUGCCAAGAAGUCCAUUGUUGUGACUCCUACCAAAAUGGCAGCCUACUACGCUGCACAUACUUUGGACAAAGAGCCCCAUCCCUUACUGACAAUCUUCCGAGCACAUUCAAACGAGCACAUCUCUCGCUUAUAUCAAGACCUAGGCUGCCAACAUCACCUAGUCCAAGAAGAUUCUCAUUCGGCACCACUAAUUCCAGCUCUUACUCCUGUUGGAUUUGCUCACUGGAUGACCAUCAACAUUCUCGCUUACCCAGAGGAAGAGUCCGAGAGAUUGGCAAAAGUCGUCGUUGCCAUGCCUAUCGAUGCAGAUGGUGACCUAGUUGAUGGCAAACCAGAACGCCUUCCAAAGCAGAUCUCAAGACAUCUUCUUCCAGAAAGAGAAGACCGCUCUUAUAGAAAGCUUUUGGAUUCUUCUAUCGAGAAUUUCCUGGAUGACCUAGGCUCAACAAGUAGAAGGAAGGCUUCAAUCACAAGUCCGCCUCUCAGCCGUCAUUCUUCGUCUACAACUCGGCCACGAUCUGGAAGCCCUCCUCCACGAGGUUCAUCCUCGACAGCUCGGUCAUACGGGCCUGUACCGGUUGAACUCCACCAGGCACGUACAUCUCCAACCACAUCUAAGGCACAACCUAUUGAGCGGGAGAGAAAGCCUUAUGGUGGUGUUCCAUCUGUAUCCGAAACAUCGAGCAAUGAAGAAGGCGUUAAGAUCGAACGAGACCGACAACCUUACACAGCCCAGCCAGGAAGUGGCAAGAACCACAUCGAAAAUCUCAACCCUCCUUCAUCAGGUCGUCCAGCCCGUGCAAACUCAACGAGCAGUCGAUCCUCCGCUCGUGAGCAAUCCGAACAAGCAGACCUGCGCCACGUCCGCACGAACAGCAGCACCAGUCAAAAUCGUUAUCCACCCCGAGCCGGAACUCGUCGAAGCAGCUCUCCGCCUUUCAAGAGUUUCAGCCAAUCCACCCCUGACGACUUGCACUCUGCAUCCUCUAAAUACGGAGCUAAUGCUUCCUCUUCAACAUCAAGCUUCGCCACAAACCCCUCCUCAACAUUCAGUCCUUCUUCCCGCGGUUCCGACCCUGUCUUCCCACCUCCACCCUCAGGACCUCCACCAGUUGACAUCCACCGACGUUCUCGAGACGAACGCCAGUACCGCCGUGGCACGGAAGACGAGUCGCACUUCACUGGAGAGUUUAAUAGUCCCCGCGAUGCAGAGAAGUGGGAUCGGUAUCAAGAUGCUGCCAGGAGCGAUGAACGCUUCGGUGGCUACGAGCGUGGAUCCGUGUCGGUUGAUCCGAGGGACCGAGGUGCUCCCCUUGAGGAGUGGUAUCGCGAGAAGGGCCAUGGAGCGGAAUAUGAUGGGUUGCCUCGACGUUAUUGA